GUAAAUACGGUACGAGUGCUAUUUAUAUGCAAAGAGAAGAGAAGAAAGAAAGAAAGAAAAAGCGCGCUCGCCGCCCGGAGUGCAAAACCCGGUCUUACUUCGAACUGCGCGGGAACAUGCCGUCGGAGACACUUUAGAGGGGGUUUCUGAAAAUUCUCCAAGAAUCUUGGCUCAUUUUCGCCGGAAAAUGCACCGAAGAAUAUUAUUCGUUUGAAACGUUCGUGCUCUCUCCCGUCACUGCUUGGACCGCUCGCAUUCGAAUUACUCCGGGAAGGAUAACUGUUUGUUAUAGAUGGCAAGUGCAGGAGAACAUCUUUCUCAACUCGAUAUUUCAGAGGAGGAAAAGGACAAGCUCGUAGCGGAAGCUAUUCGAUAUAUCAUAUUCAAAACUCAUCAAAAUUCUGGAUGUCCAAUCAAAAGGGAAGAACUUACUCAGCUCGUAACGAAAAAUUAUCGGAAUCGUGGAUUGCCAGCUAUUGUGAUUGACGAGGCUAAAAGGAAACUGUCAAGCAUUUUUGGUUACGAGUUGAGGGAACUUCAAAGAACACGGCCUUCAUCCACUGGCCAACCGCAUUCUUCCCAACAAAACGUUGCAGAUGCAAAAUCCUAUGUUCUCAUAAGCAAGCUUCCUGCUGAUAUUUACAGAAAGUAUGUUGAGGAUGUAGAUACUGCACACGUGACUGGUUUUACUUUUGUUGUUGUUAGUAUCGUACAUCUUGCUGGCGGCAAAAUUCCUGAAGAAAGCCUUCGGCAUCACUUGAGACGAAUGGGGUUGUCUGAAAGUGAUGAAAACCAUCCAGUCCUUGGAAACAUCAAGCAUGCAAUAGAGUUGGUUGUCCAGCAAAGAUAUCUGCAGAAGGUCAAAGUGAACGCUCCUGAAGGCAAUAUUACCUUCUACGAGCUUGCUGAGAGAGCUACAGAUGGACCAGUUAGUGAAAAGAUUAAAGAAUAUGUAGCCCAGAUUGUCAACACAAAUGUUACUGCCACAGACACCUAAGCUAACCAGUGUUGCAACGAUCUGAAAUGACCUCAAACUUCGCAAGCCCUGCGAUUACUGGACGUUCCCAGAAUUUAUCUAGUUAACAUAUGUACCCAAUACACGAAUGAUUCCAAUUGAAUACGUUGUAUUCAUUGCAUUAAAUACUGUUAGUUACUGGCCUUUAAUAUAGUAGGUGAGUUACGGUAGUAGGGGGAAAGAGCCCAUCACGGUAGGUUUCAGCUGAACGGUUUGGUUCUACAUAUUUGGAUGUGAUUGUACAUGGUUGGGCCGAUUUCUCCA